CCCUCGGCCGGGCUUGUAAACAGAUCCGGCCGCACGUGACCAUGUGAACUACCUGCUCCGGGGACGCGUAUUGUCUUUCCCGCGAGCCGCGCCACAAAGGAGCGCGGCGGCCCGGGUGCGGCGGGCCGGGCGGGCGGGCGGGCGAGCGAGCGGGGGAGCCGGCCGGCGCGCUAAGAUGGCUGAAGGCGCCCGGCGGGGUUGAGCGGGGGGCGCGACGCAGCAGCCGGUGAGGCCUCGGCGGCGGGCCCGGCGGCGCCUCCCCCGCGGCCUGCCCCGGAGCCAUCAUGUCGUUCGCGCUCGAGGAGACGCUCGAGUCGGACUGGGUGGCCGUGCGGCCCCAUGUGUUCGACGAGCGCGAGAAGCACAAGUUCGUCUUCAUCGUGGCCUGGAACGAGAUCGAGGGCAAGUUUGCCAUAACGUGCCACAACCGGACGGCCCAGAGGCAGAGGAGCGGCUCCCGGGAGCAGGCGGGGGCGCGAGGGGGCCCAGAGCCCGGCGCGUCCGCGUCCGACGGGACCCGUGGGCCGGGCAGCCCGGCGGGCAAGGGCCGGCCCGAAGCCUCCGCGUCUGCGACUCUGGGCCGGAGCCCCGGCGCCCGGAGGAGCCCGGCCUGGGCGGAGGGCGGCUCUCCGCGGAGCGCGCGCAGCCUUCGGGGGGACCCGCUGCUGCGGAGUCCGGCCGGCAGAGGGGUGGAGAGCCGCCUCAGGAGCCCGGGGCGGGCCCGGUCCAGCCCGAGCCGCAGGGCAUCUGACGGCAGAGACGGAGCGGCGGUCGCCGCUGCGGCAGCCCCGCCGGCGCCCAGGGAGGCGCCGGCGUCCUCGGUGCGGGUGGUGAGCGCCUGCGGGGCGGUCUCCGAGGAGAUCGAGGUGCUGGAGAUGGUGAGGGAGGACGAGGCGGCCCCCGCGUCUCUGGCGCUCUCCGACGCGGAGCAGCCGCUGCCCGCCUCCGAGCUGGAGUCCCCGGCCGAGGAGUGCAGCUGGGCCGGGCUCUUCUCCUUCCAGGAUCUGCGCGCCGUGCACCAGCAGCUGUGCUCCGUGAACUCGCAGCUGGAGCCGUGCCUGCCCCUGUUCCCCGAGGAGCCCUCGGGCAUGUGGACCGUGCUGUUCGGGGGCGCCCCAGAGAUGACCGAGCAGGAGAUCGACACACUGUGUUACCAGCUCCAGGUCUACCUGGGCCACGGCCUGGACACCUGCGGCUGGAAGAUCCUCUCCCAGGUACUCUUCACCGAGACCGACGAUCCCGAGGAGUAUUACGAGAGCCUUAGCGAGCUGCGGCAGAAGGGCUACGAGGAAGUGCUGCAGCGGGCCAGGAAGCGCAUCCAGGAGCUUUUGGAUAAGCACAAGAAUACAGAGAGCAUGGUGGAGCUCCUAGACUUGUAUCAGAUGGAGGAUGAAGCCUACAGCAGCCUUGCAGAAGCCACAACUGAGCUCUAUCAGUACUUACUACAGCCGUUCCGAGACAUGAGAGAACUUGCCAUGCUACGACGACAGCAGAUCAAAAUUUCCAUGGAGAAUGAUUAUCUGGGUCCCCGAAGAAUUGAAAGUCUACAAAAAGAAGAUGCUGAUUGGCAGCGGAAAGCUCACAUGGCUGUGCUAUCUAUUCAAGAUCUUACUGUCAAAUAUUUUGAAAUAACAGCUAAAGCUCAAAAAGCUGUGUACGAUCGAAUGCGAGCAGAUCAGAAGAAAUUUGGUAAAGCAUCAUGGGCCGCAGCUGCUGAACGUAUGGAGAAACUCCAGUAUGCAGUUUCUAAGGAGACUCUGCAGAUGAUGAGAGCUAAGGAGAUCUGCUUGGAACAGAGAAAACAUGUACUGAAAGAAGAGAUGCAGAGUUUGCAGGGUGGUACAGAGGCCAUAGCCCGAUUGGAUCAGUUAGAAGCUGAUUAUUAUGAUCUGCAACUUCAGUUGUAUGAAGUACAGUUUGAAAUCUUGAAGUGUGAAGAGUUACUGUUGACAGCACAACUGGAAAGCAUCAAAAGACUUAUAUCGGAAAAGAGAGAUGAAGUGGUGUACUAUGACACUUACGAAAGCAUGGAGGCGAUGCUGGAGAAGGAAGAGAUGGCAGCAUCUGUGCAUUUACAGAGAGAAGAGCUACAGAAACUUCAGCAGAAAGCACGCCAGCUGGAAGCAAGACGUGGACGGGUUUCGGCCAAGAAAGCCUACCUCAGAAAUAAAAAGGAAAUUUGUAUUGCAAAACACAAUGAAAAAUUCCAACAGCGCCUUCGGAGUGAAGAUGAAUACAGAAGCCAUCACACAAUACAGCUAAAGAGAGAAAAAUUACAUGAUGAAGAGGAAAGAAAAAGUGCCUGGGUUAGCCAAGAAAGACAGAGAACACUGGAUAGACUUCGAACUUUCAAACAGAGGUACCCUGGCCAAGUCAUACUGAAAUCAACCAGAUUGCGACUAGCUCAUGCAAGAAGAAGAAGUGCAGCCAGUCCUGUGCCCUGCGAGGACCCGUGUGACUCUCUGCCAGGAGCGCUGCAGGUAGAAGAGAAAAGCGAAGAGGUGGAGGAAGGAAGAGUCAAGCUUGGGCCAUCACAGACAACAGAGGCCCAAAGCCACCCACAACUUGAAGAUACUUCGUUAGCACAACUUGAAGCCACUUCAUUACCUCUCAGUGGUAUUACCUCUGAACUGCCCCCCACUGUCUCUCUUCCACUUUUGAAUAAUAUUGACCUUGAACCAGGUUCUGUUACCUUAGAUCCACUCCCACCACCUCUUCCUCCAACACCGCCUCCCCCACCACCCCCUCCUCCCCCUCCCCCACCGCCACCACCUCUGCCUGUUGCUAAGGACUACACCCUAGAGACACUGGAGAAAGGCCUGCCUAGAAUGGAGGGGAACGAGAAGAGGAUCCCAAAGUCUGCAAGUGCCCCUUCAGCACACCUCUUUGACAGCAGCCAGCUGGUCAGUGCCAGGAAGAAGCUCAAAAAGACUGCUGAAGGUUUGCAGAGGAGGAGAGUGAGCUCACCCAUGGAUGAGGUGCUAGCUUCCUUGAAGCGUGGUAGUUUUCAUCUGAAAAAGGUUGAACAGCGAACUCUGCCUCCUUUUCCUGAUGAAGAUGAUAGUAAUAAUAUCUUGGCACAAAUAAGGAAAGGGGUAAAAUUGAAGAAGGUACAGAAGGAAGUUUUAAGAGAAUCCUUCACGCUUCUGCCCGACACAGACCCUCUAACACGGAGCAUCCAUGAAGCUCUGAGAAGAAUUAAAGAAGCAUCCCCUGAGUCAGAGGAUGAAGAGGAGGCUUUGCCUUGCACAGACUGGGAAAACUAACAAGUGACCCAACAGAAAGAAAAAGAUGCCUACAGUUGAAGAUUGGUUCUUAUUCUUUUGGAAAACAAAAUUUUAAGCACUUGGCUCACAGUUGGAUUCCAUUAGAUCCAGUGUAUUGGCUCAGUGGUGUGAAAAAGGAAGCACAAUUGGCAAGCUGUCACUGCUCCCAUCAUUCCGGUAGAUGGUGGUUAACGUGAGUUUAGAUGCGCAGUGUUCCUGACUGCAGUGAAGAAAGGCCUUCCCCUCCUGUCCACCCAUUCACGUCCGUGUAGUGGCCAGUAAAACUAGGGGUUGCUAUGAGUUGGAAGAACACUGGGUUGACAGAGAGCUACUGUGAGCUGUAUCGAGACUGCUUUGAAAUCCACCUUUCAGUGCACUGAAUAGUCAUCUGCUUGAAAAUACAGAGCUUCUUCCAUAUCAGCUUAUAUAAGUAGUUCGACACUCUGAAAAAGAAAUUUAUCACGAUAGCUAUAUGACAAGAAUUGAAAGAAAAUCAGAUGGAAAUGCACUGACAAUUUCCACAUUACUCAUCUCCAAAGGAAUUUUCAUAAAGAUGUUCAACAACAUCUGAAAAGAUACAUAACCAUGGAGAUACACCUAUUAAUGUGUUUACCACAACACGAUACAUUUAACAUGGCAUAUUUUUAGAAGACCACACUCUUACACUUUGUAAGAUUUUGAAGUAAAAAUUUCCAUGCUUUGCUCUUCAUAAUUGUGAAUUUAUAAUAGUUUGAAUUCUAUGUGCAGCUUUAUGAGAAGCAAUACUUUGUAAUUUGAUAAUUUUUCAAAUUAUCUUUAGUCUUUUUGUUUGAACCUAUUGCUUGAUGACUAUAACUCAACAUGACUUUCCUAUUGAGAAUCAAAAAUCAGGCUUCAAUAAUAGGGAUGCAGAUCUUGAGUCUUUUUAACAUGCACCGUUUUAAGUUUUAUUUUUAUGCUCCACAGUGAAAAAAGUGUGCUCUACAAAUACAGUCAUGUGGCAGUUAAUGACGGGUAUGCAUUCUGAGAAAUGUGUCUUUAGGCCAUUUCGUCAUUAUGUGAACAUCAUAGCCUGUACUUACACAAACCUAGAUGGUAUAGCCUACUACACACUUAGGCUGUGUGGUACUAAUCUUAUGGGACCACCGUCAUAUAUGCGGUCUUUUGUCAACCAAACAUUAUUAUGUGGCACGUGACUGUAUACAGAAAGUAGACAGGCAGAAAAGCCUCCUCAGCUGGCAUUUCACUGUCUUCACAUGCUUUGAGUGGAAUUUUGGGAGAGAGCCUUUGUUAUUGUCACUAAAUGUUUAAACAUAUGUGUGUAGCUCUAGGUGCUGAUUUUGCUGUAAUGGAGUCCUAAAGGAGUCCUAUAAAUGUCUCCAUUUAUAGGAAUGGAGACAUUAUGAAUUCUCAGCAGGACUGUUGUGGGCUUGAAUGAAGGUAGAUAUGUUGGACUCAGUUUACAUUAUGCUGUGGAGUGUAAUUCUGCUUAAGACAGAUGUUGGCCUUGAUCUGAAAGGAGUUAAGGACUGAAGUACCAAAAAGAACUUUAUUUCUUAUGAGGCAAUUCUCUGGCCUAGACCCAGAAAGCAGUCCCAGAGUGAAAGCCCUCCAAUGUAUAUGAAUUGGUGUUCCUGGAGAAAAAAGAAAUAUUCACACCUUUAUCGCUUUAAAAUGUUAUUUCCUUUAAAAUAAUUAUGGGGAAAAUUUUCUGGCAACAGGUUAUAUAAAACAAAAUCUUACUUCUUAAAUGUUGGUAAUAUGUUUAUUGAUGAGACUAGGAGCUUUUUUGCACAGCAUUUUCACAAUACAUUGGUUUCAUUCUAGCAUUAUUCCCACAUCUUGUCUGGGAAGAUUAGAAACCUUCAUCCCAUGAUGAGGGCAGGGGUAGGUUUUUUUGCUAUACACCUUCAGUAAAGCAUUGAAGCAUUCCUUUUAACCCAAAGAAUGAUUGGUUUGAUUGUUAAUACAUUUGAAAAAAUCUUUUUAGCAAAUUUGCAAACCUUAAGAAAAUCAUGUAUCAAUUUUAUGCCUUUGGAUACUUGUUCAUUACAUAAGUUGUUUUGUUUUUUUGUUUGUUUUCAUUCAUUGACAUUUAGAAAAAUACAGGAGGAUCUAGUGUUAAAUUAACAGCAGAGGCACUGGAACUUGCAUAUGUUGAGAGGGAGUUGCUAACUAUUUAGUGUUACAGCUGGGAUUCCAUUAAAAGACAUGCUCACUUAUACAAGAUUCCUGUGAUCUGUCUUCCUAAGCUGUGUUGUAAUAAGUCUCUAGCAAAUACCGGAGGGUGUACAGACGCCUGUGAACCCUUGUAGGGUGCAUCGACAGCCCUAAGCACAUCCCGUUGUAGCACUCCAUGAAGGUUAUUUCACGCUUGAAAGUGAGUGGUUUAAAGCAAAGCCUCAUUAGCAGCCGCUGUGCUCCUUCUCUGGUAAAUAGCAGUCUCCAACACCCCCACUGCCCUUCCUCAAGAUUCAGGUUCCUACUUCCGUAAAGUUACACUUUAACUGCAGGUCAUCAACUUUGCAGUUCUCAUAAAUAAUAUUAAAAUUUCAAGUAACUGUAGUCCACUUGUCCAUCAAAGUGAGAUUACCAACUGAAUCCUCAUGUUAAUUUUUUUUUUUUUUGAGGAAGAUUAGCCCUGAGCCAACAUCUGAUGCCAGUCCUCUUUUUUAUUUAUUUAUUUUUUCACCGAGGAAGAUUGGCCCUGGGCUAACAUCCGUCCCUCUCUUCCUCUACUUUAUAUGGGACGCCACCACAGCAUGGCUUGACAAGCGGUGCGUCAGUGCACGCCCGGGGUCCAAACCUGCGAACCCCGGGCUGCCGCAGCGGACUGUGCGCACUUAACCACUGAGCCACCAAGGCAGCCCCAUCUCAUGUUAAUUUUAAAGAAGUUUCAGAACCCAACAAAAAUUAUAUGUAAACAUGAUUAAAUUUUCUUUUUUUCCCCUUGUCCCUAAUAAAAGGAGCAUCUUCGGCCUUACUAUUAAAUUUGUAUAUAUUUAGUUAUGAUGGUACUUACAGGUGAUUGUGUUUCAAGUUCCAAACUUGCCUGUACUAUUUAUAUGGUUUAAAAUAUUUGACAGUUAUAUUUCUGUUAAUGUGUCAUUUCUGUAUUAAGAAUCCACAAACAACUGCUUGCUUAUGCUGAGUCAAGUCAGAAUUUACCAAUCUAGUUUCAACAGCAAUAUAUUUAAAAUAGGGAAACAGAUGAUGACUUGGGGAUGUUUUGAGGUUAAUGUUACUGCUCACUUGAAUGUCAAUUUUAAGUAUUUCUCUUACUAAUGCAACCAAAAUUAUGUAUAUAUAACCAGUGUGGCAUGUGUAGAAAAGGUAUUCCUAAUGAUUUAAAAAUCCUAAUGGUACUGUAGCGUAGUGGUGUGAGGAAAGGCCUGGCUAAACAGGAUUUUUAAAAGAUCAGCAGUUGUCUUGCUUACUUGAUGUAUAUUUUAUAGGCCUACUGAGUUUGUGAGCAGCAUGAAAACAAUCAUUCCUUCCUUCUUCAUUGUGGAACUGAAACAUUUCUGUCAAAUGCGUUUUUAAGAAGACUCUGAGUCACAGCUGUAACAGUUGAUCCAGGAGUAGCAUUUCCACGGUGGGAAUCUGGGGCUUUUCUCAUUACAUGAAACCACAGAAAAUUUUCAGCACUUUCAUGUACUCUGUAUAAUGAGGGAAAAAAAAAUCCUUGUUUCUACAAAGCUGCAGUAUGUAGCAAUACAUGGUAGCAUAUGGCAUGACCACUUGAUGUCAUAAAAUGUGUUCAAUCGUAAAGCAUACUUUCGCCAUAGCAGACACUAAGAAUUAAAACUUGUUAUAUCAGUGGAACAAAAAUUAAUGGGCAGCAUCCUCUCUGUUUGGAAUGGGACCAGUGUACAAUUAAUAUAAUUUAACUUUAUACAUUGCCUGAGACUCUAUUUUUUAAUUACAUUCAUUGAGUGUGUGUAUAAAUUUAAGUCAAUGCUUUUAGCCUAAGGAAAGUUUUUUUUCACUAAAUAGAAGGUGUUUUUUCCCCUUAUAAUUUAAUUAUUAUGCACUCAACAUCAGAUACCAACCUGUAAAGUACUCAUGGGUCCUUAAAGGCCUUAUCAGGGAGUUGAAAUUUUAUAUACUUUACUAGGUUAUUUGUAAAAAAUCUUUUUGAACAACUGUAAAACAUUUAAAAACCAUGGCAGACGCAUUGUUAACAUGCAGCCAUUUGAUAGUGAAAGCAGAAACCUUAACAAAUUUUGCCUAAUUCUUGCACUGAAUUUAAAUGAUAAUAUAAAAUUAAAUGUGCAUUUUAAACAGAUUUUAUUUCCCUUUUAUUGCUUAGCAUAAAAGAAGAACUAUGCUUAGUGUUAGAGGAUUGACCAACAAGAUCUAUUUCAGAUGGAAGAGAGGUAAGAAAGUAGAAGCACCUUACUUUUGGAGCAUGUUGCAUUUAUUUCAAGCUACUGAACCAUUCAGUAGUUACUUCUGAACUGCUGCAGAGCGCUCUUAUAGUUAAAGCACAUAAAGAAGAGUCUCUGCUUGAUGAAGCUUUGUAAAAUGAUGCAAUGGUAUUUUUUAUCCUGUAAAUAUAGUCUAAUUUAAAAGUUUUUCCUACAAAAUGAGUUUAUAUUGCUGCCUAAACUAUCAUGUAUGUAAACAGAGGUUUUUUUAAAGGUCAGAGGGAGUCUAGAUUCUGUGUGUGUGUGUGUGUGUCUGUGUGUGUAUGUGAAAUGUUUGCCCAUUGAGUUAUUUUAGAUAUGUUCAUUCUAAAAUUUUCUUUUUUUCCCAGGGUAAAUGUACAGCUUGGUAUUUGAGGAAGUUAGUUGAUUGCAUUCCAAAUUUAUAAACGUUUCUCCCCUUCUCCAGACAUAUUUAUUAUGCCACUGUAAGGUGCAUGUACAGAAAAUACCUCUGAGGUUGACAUAUUAAAUAUUUUAUCAGUGUUGUUUCACACUGAAUCUCAAAGUAGUCAUUUGUUUUGAGGGUUAGGGGAAAGUUUGUUUUUUUUUUAAAGUCAGGUAUAACUAAGAGUGGCUCAAUUUGGGGAGUUAGGGGUGGAAAGGAAAGACCAUGGAAAGUGAUCUUUAGAUGUAUACAGAAGGUAUGGGUGUUGGUUUUAGAGUUCAAUUUUAACACGGGAAGUUUUGUUUUUUUUUUUUUAACUUGCAUGUUCUAUGGUAAACUAUCAAAGAGUGUAACAAGUUACUCCAGCUUUUCCCAGUUCUAAUUAUAUUGGUUUGAAGAAGUCUCUAUAAUCACAAGAUGGCAUUUUCCCUUCAUGAACCAAGAGGGGUAGACAAUACAACCCAUACAGUGACUUCUGAAUUCUUUGACUUGGACAGAAUCCCAACUGUCUCAUUGAAUUUCUCAUUGUACUGUAUGUCUUGCCAAGUGUGAGACCAUAAUAUAUAGUUUAUGAAACAUCAAAGGCUACAGAUCAUUUUGCAUGAAUAAUAAAGCCCAUUAGGGCUGAUGAAACGGACGUUUUUAGCCUUUCUGGUUAAAUGCAACUUUUAAUGGCAAACUGAUUCACCAUUUACUAGCUUUGUGCAAUAUUAUAUUGGUAGAAGCAAAACACUAGUACACUGUGCUUGGCUUGUAAGGAUGGCUUUCACACCGAGACAUUAAUUGGACAGUGGGCACAGUGUAUUGUAAAUGCCAAUUUGUGCAAAUUUACAAUACUUAAUAUGCUCAAUUAACAUUCUAAAGUAUUAAAAGUACAAAGAAAAAACUAAGCAAGCAUUUAUAGCAAUACUAUGAAAUCUCCAAUUGUUUUGACUGUUGCCUUUUGCUCUUUAGUGCAACUUUUCUGCAUUGUAAUUAUUGUAUUGCUUUGUAUUUCAUGUUUUUUACACUCAUGACUUCAGAGUUAAGUACUUGUACACCAAGUAUUGCAAUCACCUUUCUCUUGUACAUGCAAUGUAACAACGUACAGUUUUGGUGCUUAACGGUAUUCCUUUUUUCUUUAAUAAAAGAUAUUUAUUGAGUUAACCUCA